AUCUCAUUCUGGAAGUGAGAAGCAGGGCCAUGCAGCAUCCUGAUGGGCCACGCAGCUCCUCUCUGCUCUGAAGGAGUCACAGUUUGGCAGCAGCGAGCAUGAGUUUCCUAUCUGAAGCGGAACUGUUGUACAGAAACACCAGCGUGUUUUGCAGUCCACAUAGUAGGUCCUGGGCAGACGCUCACACACCUUUGAACUGUGAUAAGGAGAAUAUUAUUACCCUACUGGUGGCCUGGUCAGAUAAGUUGUUUGCGGAGGACAGUCUGCAUUUCUUUCAAGCUCUCAUUCUGCUGCACCAGUAACUCCAGAUUCCAUUCCCAAGGAAAUCAGCCGCUUCUUCUUUGAAACCGCAAAGAGCAAUGGACAGUUUAGGGAAAGACCAUGAUUAUUCCAACACUUCUCUGCCUUCCUCCACAGCCCACGAGGAGAACGCUGAGCCAGGUGCCACCAUGUCCCGCCGCUUGAGAGACCGGGAGCUGCUCCGGAAGAGAAAGGCAGAAGCCAAGGAGAAGGAUUCAAUUCAGUGGGCUCUGGGGGAGCAUGAGAGGAGCAAGCGGCAGAGGAGGGGCCGAGGUGCCAGGCGAGGAAAGGGCCGCGAGCAUGUCGUGGAGCCCACACCACAGCCAAAACCACAGCCAAACCCUCAGCCCCCAAAGAAGGAGGAAGCUGAGACGAUGUCCUCCAUGGUGAUGCAGCAAGCCGAGUCUCCCCAGAUGGACGUGCAGGACCUGUUUUCUGGGGUGCAGCUGGCAGAUCUGGAAGGGAUGCUGGGAUCUGGGAGCCAGAGUCCCCUGGGUGAAGAGGACAUGCUGAAACUGGCAGACGAAAUACAAGACGUAUUGAAUACUUCGCUGGAAAAGAACGAAUCGGAUAGCGAGAUGUACUCAUCGAGUCUAUUUUAAAGUUUUAUUUUAAAAUAUAUAUGUAUUCUUCUAAUUUUUAUGACUAAGAAAUACUGGAAAGCCUUGCAGGGAGACUUAAAAGCUGUUCCUUCCUCGGGAACAAUAAAAAACUGACUCUCUCUCCAC